AUGGAUACAGCGAAGGGAUUGGCCGUGGCAUGGCAGGUACCUCUACUAGGGGUUAACCAUAUGCAAGCUCAUGCUUUGACACCACGAAUGGUAUCCGCGCUCAAUGCGCCAAAUAAGAAAGGAGAUAGUAAAUACGAAGAAGACCCCGCCUACCCAUUCCUCUCUUUGCUGGUCUCUGGUGGACAUACCAUGCUCGUUCAUUCUCGCCAACUUUGUGACCACGAAAUUCUAGCCACAACCUCAGACCUUGCAGUUGGAGAUAUGGUUGAUAAAACAGCCAGGGAUAUUCUACCGCCCUCAGUGAUUGACUCCGCAUCAGAUGUGAUGUAUGGCCGCGUCAUGGAAGAAUUCGCAUUUCCAGACAGCAACCCUACAUACAAUUAUGAGCCUUCUCUCAAGAACAUUGCACAAAUUACAAGACAAACAAGUUAUGGUUGGGGAUUAACGCCUCCUUACAUGAGUCCGGGUCCUGGUGGAUUAAGAGCUUACAAUUCGGCAUUCUCGUAUUCGGGCCUCGGUAGUCAAGUUAAACGCAUUCUAGAACAAAACCCGGAAAUGAAUGUUGUGGAAAGGAAAUUACUCGCCCAAGAAACCAUGCGAGUAGCAUUUGAACACCUUGCAUCUAGAGUGAUUCUAAAUCUUGAAUCAGCGGAUUUGAAAGACAUAACAACGCUCGUUGUCUCAGGGGGUGUUGCUGCAAAUCAAUAUUUGAAGCACAUAUUGAGGGCACUGUUAGAUGCUUGGGGGCAUAAGGGUAUGAGCUUGUCAUUCCCUCCUCCGAAGUACUGUACAGAUAAUGCGGCUAUGAUUGCAUGGACGGGAAUAGAGAUGUGGGAAGCUGGUUGGAGAAGUGACCUGGAUAUACUGGCGGCAAGGAAAUGGCCGAUUGACCUAAGAAUUGAGGGCGGGAUACUUGGUUUGGACGGCUGGAAUAAACAAAACAUUUGA